GUGGCUGGGGCAGUGUGAGGCUUGCAUGCCCAGAAAGUGCAGGGAGCAGGCGAGAGGCAGGCUGGCUGGACAUGAGGCUGGCCGCAUGUGGGCAGGCUGGCCCUCGGCUGGGCUCACCCUGAACGGCCACUGCGCAGCCCCCACCGUGGGUAGCCCACCAUGCGGCUGUGGGGCCUGCAGGCGCUGCUGCCUCUGCUUCUGCCCACACUCCUGACACAAGGAGAAGCCAGGGGAAGGAGGGACCUCCAGCCUGGCAAUGCCGCCAGGCCUGCUAUGCGGAAGCUGUAUGACUACCUCCUGUCUGACUACAAGAAAGGAGUGCGGCCCGUGCGUGAUUGGAGGAAGCCGACCACUGUCUCCAUUGAUGUCAUCAUGUAUGCCAUCCUCAGCGUGGAUGAGAAGAAUCAGGUCCUGACCACCUACAUCUGGUACCGGCAGUUCUGGACAGAUGAGUUUCUCCAGUGGAACCCCGAGGACUUCGACAACAUCACCAAGUUGUCCAUCCCCACGGACAGCAUCUGGGUCCCGGACAUUCUCAUCAAUGAGUUCGUGGACGUGGGGAAGUCUCCUGAGAUCCCGUACGUGUAUGUUCAGCAGCACGGCAAGGUCCAGAACUACAAGCCCCUCCAGGUGGUGACCGCCUGUAGCCUCGACAUUUACAACUUCCCCUUCGAUGUGCAGAACUGCUCCCUGACCUUCACCAGCUGGCUGCACACCAUCCAGGACAUCAAUAUCUCCCUGUGGCGUUUGCCAGAAAAGGUGAAGUCCGACAAGAGCGUCUUCAUGAACCAGGGCGAGUGGGAGCUUCUGGCGGUCCUGGCCCAGUACCGAGAGUUCAGUAUGGAAAGCAGUGACUCUUAUGCCGAAAUGAAGUUCUAUGUGGUCAUCCGCCGGCGGCCUCUAUUCUAUGCCGUCAGCCUGCUGCUGCCCAGCAUCUUUCUCAUGGUCAUGGACAUCGUGGGCUUCUACCUGCCGCCAGACAGCGGUGAGAGGGUUUCCUUCAAGAUCACACUCCUCCUGGGCUACUCGGUGUUCCUGAUCAUCGUGUCCGACACGCUGCCGGCCACCGCGAUUGGCACCCCUCUCAUUGGUAAGGGCCACUCCCGGGGAAGAGCCCGGCGUGGCGGAGGAGCCAAAGGCCCUCUCCCACGGCCUGCGUGUGUCCCCCCACCUCCACGCCCGCCCGGGUGCACAGGUGUCUACUUUGUGGUGUGCAUGGCUCUGCUGGUGCUGAGCUUGGCCGAGACCAUCCUCAUUGUGCGGCUAGUGCACAAGCAAGACCUGCAGCAGCCCGUGCCUGCCUGGCUGCGGCGCCUGGUCCUCGAGAGAAUCGCCCUGCUGCUGUGCCUGGGGGAGCAGCCCCCCGCCCGGAGGUCCCCGGCCACCCCGCAAGCUGCCAAGACGGAUGACUGCCCAGGCACGGGGAACCACUGCAGCCAUUUGGGGGGAACCCGGGACUUUGAGAAGACCCUGAGGGGGCGAGGCAGCCCUCCCCCUCCCCCUCGGGAGGCCUCCCUGGCAGUGAGGGGGCUGCUGCAGGAGCUUUCGUCCAUCCGGCACUACCUGGAGAAGCGGGAGGAGAGCCGCGAGGUGGCCCGGGACUGGCUGCAGGUGGGCGCUGUCCUUGACAGGCUGCUCUUCUGCAUCUACCUGCUGGCCGUGCUGGCCUACAGCGUCACCCUGGUCACGCUCUGGUCCGUCUGGCAGUAUUCCUGAGUGGGCACAACUGGGGUG